UCCGGGUCACGUUCUCCUCAUGCUGUAGCAAGCAUGGCGGCGAAAAACAAGCACCGUAAAAACGCCAAAGCGCCCAAAAAAGUGACAUUUCAGCCCGCAGACAACGACAUGGAGGCUGAAAACGGCGGCGGGGAAGAAGAUGGAGAUCCAGCAGCUGAUGAAGGUGAAGGCAGAGGGAAGAAAGAGGAGGAAGAGCUCAGUUUGGACGAGGUUUUGAGACUGGGAGGAACACAGGCCGACUAUGUCAUGCUUGCCGGCCUGAACGACUCCAAUGAGCUUGUCGACGGAGGAAAAAAAGGAGCGAUAGACGACUUGGAGGAGGGCGAGCUGGAGAAAUUUAUCACCAAACUGGGCAUUCAGGCGUAUUCCGGACUGCAGGUCAUCUCAGAUGAGCCUGAGGGCGACGCUGCAGGCACGAGUGAGAAGGAAAGUAAAAAAGCCAAAGCAAAGAAAGCUCCAUCAGAGGAACAAGCAUCCACCGCUCAGCAGAAAGUUAACAACAAGCAGGAAGUGGAGGAUAAACAGAAGGCGAAGAAGACAACCACCGGGAAGAAGGCGAAACAGAACGUGAAUGUGUUUGAGUUUCAGCAGCGACAGGUCCUGCUGAUCAAACCUGGAGGGAAAUGGUUCGACAAUGAAUACACCACAGAGGGCUCGUCAACACAGCAGGAUCCCUCACUGGUGUCCCAGUACAAGGCGCUAGCCCAGCAGCUGUUUGAGGCCGAGGUGUUGCUCUACAAGAGCAAGAAGAACCUGCAGAAAGGAGCCAAUUCCAACUGGAUGAAGACAGUCGUCUCCGCCGGCGUGCUGGCAGACAGGAUGGCAGCCAUGACAGUCCUAAUCCAAGAUGCUCCGGUGCACACUCUGGAGCACGUGGAGAACCUGGUGUCCAUGGUGAAGAAGAAGGGUAGCCGACGGAUGGGUCUGAUGGCUCUGGACACCUUGCGGGAGCUCCUGCUGUCUGACCUGCUGCCAGAGCACAGAAAGCUCCGGACCUUCGCCCAGCACCCAUUCGACCAGCUGGAGGUGAAGGCCAGCGGCAACCGAGAUGCCCGCGACCGCCGCCUCAUUCUCUGGUACUUUGAGCACCACCUGAAGCACCAUGUGGCUGAGUUCGUGGCAGCCCUGGACACGGUGGCUCAUGACACGGUGGCAGCCACAAAAGCGAAGGCGCUGGCCACUGCCCAUGAGAUGCUGUGCAACCGCCCAGAGCAGGAGAGGGCGCUGCUCAUCCAGGUCGUCAACAAGCUGGGAGACCCUGAGUACAAGACAGCGGCUAAAGCAUCGUACCUGCUGGAAACGCUGCUGCACAAACACCCCAACAUGAAGGCAAUAGUGUGCUGUGAGGUGGAGCGGCUCAUGUUCCGGCCCAACAUCAGCCCAAAGGCGCAGUACUACGCCGUCUGCUUCCUCAGCCAGGUGAUGCUGAGCCACGACGAGGCUGAGCUCGCUGCCAAACUCAUCACUGUCUACUUCUCAUUCUUCCGCGCCUGCGUCAAGAAGAAGGACAUAGAGUCCAAAAUGCUGAGCGUGCUGCUGUCAGGCGUGAACCGGGCGUAUCCUUACGCCGGCACCGGGGACGAGAAGGUGAAGGAGCAGCUGGACACGCUGUUCAAAGUGGUUCAUCUGGUGAAGUUCAACACAGCAGUGCAGGCACUCAUGCUGCUUUUCCAGGUGAUGGACUCCCAGCAGAGCGUCUCGGACCGAUACUACGUGGCUCUGUACAGGAAGUUGCUGGACCCCGGUCUGUCGUCGUCCUCCAGACAGAGCAUGUUCCUCAACCUGCUGUACAAGUCUCUGAAGGCAGACAUCGUGCUGCGGCGCGUCAAAGCCUUCGUGAAGCGGCUGCUGCAGGUCAGCGCCGAGCAGAACGCCAGCUUCUCCUGCGGGGCUCUCUUCCUGGUGUCCGAGGUCAUGAAAGCCAAACCGGGCCUCAAGCUCCUGCUUCAGGAUGACGGGGAUGGGGAAGAGGAGGAGUUCAAAGACCUUGCUGAAGAGAAUGAGGACGGCGAUGAUGAUGAUGAUGAAGAGGAGCACUUUGUGGAUGCCGACAAACUGGCGGAAGGCACAAGUGCCGAGACGGAGGCAAAGCCCACAUCAUCAUGGGUACAUCACCAGAACCUGGAAGGAGGGCAGAGCAAGCAGAGCUACGACCCGCUGCACAGAAACCCGUUAUUCUGCGGUGCCGACCACACGACUUUAUGGGAACUGCAGAGGCUCGCCGUGCACUUCCAUCCGUCAGUGUCGCUGUUUGCAAAAACCAUCCUGGAGGGAGGGUCCAUCCAGUACUCAGGUGACCCUCUGCAGGACUUCACCCUCAUCAGGUUCUUGGAUCGAUUCGUCUUCAGGAACCCCAAACAGCUGAAGGGAAAACAAAACAUGGACAGUGCAGCGCUGGCGCCCAAACAGAGAUUACCUCUCAACUCUUUACCAGUGAACUGUGAGGAGUUUCUCUCUAAAGAAGAGAGUCAGAUCCCUGUGGAUGAGAUCUUCUUCCAUCGCUUCUUCAAGAAACGUCAGCAGGAGAAGCAGCGCCAGACUCGUCGACCGCGAAGAGAGGAAGAUAAAGAGAGUGUGGAGGACGUGGACGACGAUGAGUUUGAGAAAAUCCUCGAUUCCUGUGAGGGAGACUCGUACUUCACUGAGAUGGCAGAUGAUGAUCUGGACUUUGCAGGUAAUGUGAAGAGUAAAAAAAAGAAGAAAGGCGCAGAGGACUUAGACGACUCGGACAUGGACGAUUCAGACAUGGACGACCUGGAUGAUGAAGAGGUGUCUCUGGGCAGUAUGGAUGAGGAAGACUUUGGAGACGAGCUGGAGGAGGAAGGAGGGACGUUCAUGGAUCUUGAUGGAGGCGAUGAAGAUGAUGAUGAUGUUCCAGAGCUGGAGGAUGACGAUGCUGCAUUCGGUGAUUCAGGAGAUGAGAUGGAAGUUCCAGACAUCACUCCUCGUACCAAGAAGGGGAAAAGGAAAUCCUCAGAGGACCUCGACUUCUCUGGAUCUUUAGGUCCGAAACAGGGGAAGAAGAAGAAGAAAGGAAAGAAAGAUGGAGCCAUGUUUGCUUCUGCUGAAGAGUUUGGCUCCCUAUUGGACGAGAACGCUGGCUCCAAGUUUGACAACAUUGGACUGAAUGCGAUGGCCAACAAAGACAAAGCAGGCCUGAAGCAGCUGAAGUGGGAGGCUCAGCGUGACGACUGGAUCCAGGAUCGUGAUGUCAAGACGCUGCGCAAGAAGAAGACUAUGUUCAACAAAAAGAAGAUGUUUGGUCGAGCCAGGGCAGGAGGCAAGGCGUUUGGAAACAAGAAGAGGAAGAAGUAGCAGCUGCUGUGUGUUUGUCGAUUUUAAAACUGAUGGACACCUUCACUCCUGUUUGGCUGACCAGGCUGCGUGGUCUUUCUCUCGAAUUCCAUAGACUCCCGCCCACUCGUUGGACUGGUAGUAAACUGGGAGGAAACAGAGGAGCAGAAACUGAUUUUCAGAUCCAGUCAAAUGAUUAAAGUUACACACUGUUGUUUGACUUUUGUCUCAUUAAUGGGAUGAAAUGUGAUCUGAGGAGGAGAACUGUUCAGUGUUUUUGUAAAAACAAAAGACUUAAGUUUAUGGGACAUUAUGUUGUCCUUGUUGCAUAUUUCAGUCUGCAGAUGACCAUGUAUACAUUUACCAUUUACUAAACUCUGUACAGAGUUCUUAUUUAUACAUGUGCAUCAGUGGAAAUUAAAGUUAGUAUUUUCUAAUGCAGUUUAUGGUUUGUUUUUAUGAGUGCUUUUGUUGACUGCUGACAAAAAUGCCCAUAUUUUCAGAUCUGAUCAAUUAAACACAUUUAAUGUA